AUGGAGCAUCUCCCGCAAGCCUACUCCUACUUUGACGACGAAGAGUUCUGCCAAAGUUUGCUGAAGCAUCUGCAAUCGUUCACCUCUCUCCCCGAGUCUCCCUCCAUCAAGACGGGCCUCACCAAGGGCGACCGGCUGAGCUUCGUGUCCGACGUCCUCCUACAAGACGACGACAUGCAGCUCAGCUGGAACUGCAGCAUCGUUCAAUCAGAUGACGACGAUUAUGAUGACGACGCCGAUGAUGAUGAUGACAGCGGGAGUCUCGGCUCCUCUUCCUCCUCCUCUGAGGAGGAGGACAACAAAGAGAGCGGCGAUGAGAGCACUUUGCGGCACCCGGGCUCAGAGGAGAAGACGGCGCCGUCCACGUCGAACGACGUCGACACCAACGUCUCCGAGGAGCCUGCUGGUUCUACACAGAACUGCCGUGACCUGACAGAGAGCCAGGAGACUGACGAAUUCACGUCCGACUACUACUCCACUGGAGACGAGACGUCCAACCAAUCUGAAGAGGAGAUUGACGUGGUGACGGUGAAGCACGAGCCCGUCGGCCAGCAGCUGAUGAACGAGGAGCCCGUCGGCCAACAGCUGAUAGACGAGGAGGAGGUGGCAGAGCAUCAUGCUCGCGUCAGUCACAUCUUUGAGAUUGAACAGAAGCACAACUACGCCGCUCGGCCUCUGUGUUCCCCGCCGACUUCCGGGUUAAAAAAGUGGUCACACGUCCACAAGGCGUGGAUCACUGUUGACACCGAAGAAGAGGAGAAGGAGCGGCGUCAGACACACAACGUGCUGGAAAAGAAGCGACGAAAAAUGAUGACAAAGUGCUUCGGUCGUUUACGAGAUACCAUGCCAGAGUUGUACAGAAACGACAAGGCGCCCAAAAUUCUCAUCCUGCAGCGGGCCAGAGACUUUAUUCGAGACCUGGAGGCGCAAGCCUACCGGCUGGGGUGUGAGGAAAGCACGCUGCGAGCCAGGCAAGAGGAGCUCAAAGCGCAUCUAAAGCAUAUCAAAAGAACGAUUGGCUGGUGA